ACUGUCCCUACUCAGUGGUGUAGUGUUACACAGUUCACGCGUCGCUGGAGUACAGCCGGAACACGUGAAUGAUAUUUCGAAGGAGUCAAAUUCACUUUUUCAUAUAAUUUGGUCUCGUCGAGAAUGAAGGAGAGGAGAAUAAGCGAGCCGCUGGAGGUCCGCUGUAAACUGGUGUUAGUGGGAGAUGUUCAGUGCGGGAAAACGGCUAUGUUACAAGUCUUGGCAAAGGACUGCUACCCCGAGACGUACAUCCCGACAGUGUUUGAAAACUACACGUCAGGCCUGGAAAUAGAAGAGCAACACAUUGAGCUCAGUCUGUGGGACACAUCAGGUUCUCCGUAUUACGAUAACGUCAGGCCACUCUGCUAUAGCGACUCUGAUGCUGUGCUGCUCUGUUUCGACAUCAGCCGACCUGACACUGUUGACAGCUCUCUGAAAAAGUGGAAGACAGAGAUCAUGGAUUUCUGCCCCAACGCAUGCAUCCUACUGGUUGCCUGUAAGACAGACCUGCGCACUGACGUGUGCACACUGAUGGAGCUGUCCACGCAAAAAAUGGCCCCGAUUUCUUACGAACAGGGGUCAUCACUAGCAAAACAGGUGGGAGCCGAGGCAUAUCUGGAGUGUUCUGCGUUUACGUCAGAGAAAAGCAUAGACAACGUGUUUCGCUCAGCAGCGCUGGCUUGUCUUGACAAACUUCAGCCACCUAUCAAGCCAAGUCCCGCCCACCGGAAACGCCUCCUGCACCUGCCCAGCAAGAGUGAGCUUCUGAGCUCCUCCUUCAGCAAAGAGAGGACCAAGAGUUGUUCUGUCAUGUGAUCCAGACUUUCUAAUUCCUGAGACAGAUAAACAGAAGGGCCGUUUUGAAAUGAGACAAGAGGUCAUGACCUUUGCUGUCCCCUCCCAUCUCUACACACUCAAUGUUUUGCCUUUUCAGUCCAUCCCAUUUCUUCAUCACAAAGAAUGGAAGUCGAAGGUUAACUGAUUCUUUUAAAUACACAGGUUUACAACUUGUAAUUGACAUGAACCUCAUGACCUGUUUAAUUGAGUGUGCUAUUUUUUAAAUUUAUUUAUGGUGCAUAUGUAUUGGAGAGCUGAGCCAUCCAUGCAUUUCAGCUGUAUCCAGAAUUCUUCCUGUGCAGGCUCACCAGACAUUUAAUAAAAGACGGGAUUAAUUGGUUAUCUGGCCAUGUAUGUAAAAGAGCAUGACAGAGGAAAACGCUUAUGUGAUUUUAUUGGAGGACACAAACGGGUAAGGGGCAUAACUGGGGAAGUUUUAAAGAGCAGCUAUAAAAUUGACAUUGAUGGAGUGCGCAAUCAUAUGUAGGAAGAUAAAGCACGCUGACUUCUACUCUGUCUCUCAUAUACAUGCACAGACAACUGUCUGUCUAUAAAUCAGAUGAUUAACGAAGAGAACAGAUAGUUCUUGGACCGUUCUUGAAAUGGCGUGAACAACAUGCGGGAGAUAUUGUGAUGGCGGUUCAGUUUGGAUGGGGCUUAACCUUAGAGUAGCUGGACCUUGGACCUUAGAUGAGCGUGUCAGAGCAGGACAGAAGAGAUUAGGGGGAUUAAUUGAGGAGACAGGAUGACAUUUUAUCCCAGACAAGUCUGAUGAGAGAUUAGAUAUAAGGUAAUCCUACUGAACGUGCCUGAUUAUCUGGCUUACCUUUUUAAGGCUACCUUCUUUUCAUUUUAAUGAUCAAAUAUCUCUUGAAUUGAUGUCUUGUAGUAAAGAGCUCAUUUGGACUUUCAGCGCCUGACCCAGAGUGUGUAUUAUUAUUAAAUUCAAUACAAUUUCUAAAAUCUAGUGAUGUAGCCACUAUCUCUAUCUGUAUCUGUUUAAUAUUCCAGAUAUACCUGUCCGUAUUUGGAUUUAAACCAAAAGUAGGUGUGGUUUUCAGUGAGACAGUGCAGAAAAACAGUGUAAAAAAAAAUGGAGCACUGUAGAAAUACCAGCAUUGUCAGCAUGAUCUGUCAUGUCUCCUCAAUCAAUUCUCCUCACUUCUUCAACCCAGGCGUUUUUUUGUUUUUAUGUUUUUAUUUUUAUUUUUUAUCUGCUAUCUGUAUUUCUGCACACACACACCUGUAGUCUCAACCUGUGAACUCAAACCCUGUGAACUCAAAAAGUGCACCUCCUAUUCACAUCUGUAUUUGUGUAUCUGUUUAGGACACACAUCUGUUCAAUCCAAAUAAUGUAUUCAUAUUCGGUUACUUACCUGUGCCAAACUAUAGCUUUGAUAAGGAAUUUUGACUUUGUUUGGGCUGACUUUGUUUCAUGCAUAUUAUUUCUUGUUUCUAUUUGAAGACACUUCUUGGAAACCUGA